AUGAGGGAGCACCCUCCGCCUCGUCGGUUCAACUACAUCCCCGGCAUCCCCCUGGUCGCCUGCGCCAGUGAGGGUCAGUCGGCGCUGCUGCGCCACCUGCUGCGCCAGGAGGGGGUGGACCCCGGCGUGCGGGACCUCAACGGCAACACGGCGCUGGGCCUGGCCACCGCCAACGGGCGGUCCGAGGCGGCCGGCCUCCUGCGCACCGCCCAGGCCGCCGGCGCGCGGGAGGAUGGCGUCGCCGCGCAGGGCGCGCCCGCCUGA